UAGCCAAGCCAGCCAGCCAGUCAGUCGUCCUCAGGCCAGAGUAAGCGAAACACGCGAAUUAAAAGCGGCACGGAUAUCGGAACGGAAAACAAGAACGGAACGGACGGGCUCCGAAAUACACAUUCAAACUCAAGACCAGAGUGUCAACGACAGAUCGUCAGACAAAUCGUACAAUUCGUUAAAGGAUCAUAAAAAAGCAAUUUUGGCCAAUGUUAAAUAAGACAAAUCAUCGACAACAACAUCCACCUCUUGUUGUUCGUUGUCGCUGUUGUUGAGUGUGUGUGUGUUGAUGUUCCUGAGAAUAAAUCUUACAUUCCCUAGAGCGCUUUCUGCAAAACAGCCAGCGCUAAUUCAAAAAUCUCAAAACAUCAUCCUCAAUACCCAGGAGUCCCAGUGUUACACGAAAGAAAGCAAACCCUUUUGCAAAGGGUUGUACCCCAACCAGCUACAACUUUAGCUUCAGUUACAGUUUCAGCUCCUCGACAUACAUGCCAAGUGAAUGUGAAUGUGAAUGCGAAUGCCAAAGCCAUAAAUUAGUUUCCUCUCGAAUGAAACCAAACCAAGUCAAGCCAAAGUGGAAUCGGGGCCAGGCCAGCCAGGCCAACUGAAACGAGAACACAAUACGCGAAAAUCCGCUUUUGUUUGCAGACUGAAAAACCGGAGCAGCUGGCCAUUGGCAAGCCAGGCAAACAAAUAAUGGCCAACACGGUUUUCAAAUAUCAUCAGCAGCAGCAACCCCAUCACCAUCAUCAGCAACAGUAUCAACAACAGCAGCAGCUGCAGCCUCAUUACCAUCCCCACCAUCAGCAGCCGCAGCAACACAAUCACAAUUAUCCACAUCACGGCCAUGGCAGCAGCGGGAGCAGCAUAGCCACCAUUGAUGGCAACAACCACAAUCAAAACAAUAGCAAUCAAAAUUCAAUAUUCGUUCUAAAUGCCGAAACAAAAAUAUCGCCAAAUAGUUGUAGGAAAUUCUAUUUAGAUUUUAACGAUAACCCUAUGGACUCAUGUGCCGCUGCUGCUACCCUUACGCAACAAUCAGUAAUAAAUGGCAACUACUCCUCCAUCGCUGCCGCCGCCGCCACUUCCACCACAUCAUCAUCGGUGUGGUCCUCAGCCUCAUCCACCAUGUGUUCACCUGCUGCCCAUGCCAUACAGAAGCUGUUCAACUGCAGUAGUGGAGGCAGUGGUGGUGGUGGUGGUGGUGGCGGCAACAGUUCCACAUCGAAACACCAUCACAGCGCGGGAAUUGAUUCCAAGUCUUCAUUUAAGACUUCCAAAUCGGAAUUAUUAAAAAAGAAAUCAAAAUUCUGGCAAUAUCUGGAGGGUGAGACCCUAUCGUCGUCUUCGCCAACGGGUUACGAGGGAAUUGAGAGCAGUGCCAACAGCAGCAGCAACAGCAACAGCAACAGCCAGAAGGAAAAAGGCAAAAGCCGGAAACAUAAAUCAAAAUAUUGGCCCAAAUCCAAGGCAGAUGAUAAUCAAAACAGUCAUAACGACUUAUCCGAGUUAUUGGAGUAUUCGUGCAGUUUGUGCGAUAACUGUCGCUGCAUGGACUGUCAGAUUGGCUAUUUUGACUGUGACAAUUCGGAUGACAGCAACUCGGAAUAUUCGUUUCACAUGAAUGCCUAUGAGGAGGACGAUGACAUUGAAAGUGGCAUGGAAUUGAAGGCGACCAUAACAACAGCAACAGCAACCAAGACAUCAGCACCAAUAUCAUCGACUUUGCCAUCAACACCGCCAUCGUCACCAUCAUCAAUACCCGGUGAAGGCGACGAUGGCCUGCUCGCCGACGAGGAGCUUCCAAUGCAAAAUUCUUUAGGCUGCAAUAAAAUGGACAAUAAAAAUACCAUCCAACAAUUAGAAUUUGAGAACUCCACUCGCCGCAAUCAAGGAAAUCAUGCCAUGGCCAAACACGAUGUCGUCGAAUGUUGCCAUCAAUGCUGUGGCCUGGAGGUGGAGCACCAACAGCAACAGCAGCAGCAGCCGUAUUGUCCGGACUUUCAACAUUCGCAACUCUAUGCAGUGGAAUGUAGCGAUAGAGGAGCAGCAGGAGGCGGUGUUGGCGCUGGAUACGAUGGCGAUGUCCACUAG